CUGGGCUCCUCUUGCAAUUUUUUUUCCCUCUCUCUCUCUCUUUUUUCUCACUCUACACAACUAGUCCUGUGGGAAGUUACACAGUUUCUCUCUCUCUCUCUUCAUUUUUUUUUCUUCGGGUACGUUUUUUUUUUUUUUGGGGGUCGGCAAAAAUCUUUUGGUUUUGAAUUUUUUUUUGUUCGGUCGUUGAAAUGGAGUUGGAGCCUAUAUCGAGUUGCUGCUCGUCGUCGUCUUCGUCUGGGGAAGAUACAGCGGCGGCGAAUAUGACUGAGCUGGAGGCGGCAGAGGCAUUGGCGGAUUUGGCGCAGCUUGCGAUAAUGCGAGAGCAGGUUUUCGAAUCUGCUUCGAGCUGGGGGAGUAAAGGGAAACGAGUGAGGAAGCGAGUCAAGACUGAGUCUCCUCCUUCUGACUCACUGUUGAAACCGCCUGACUCUGAAACGUUACCGACUCCGGAUCUCGCUGAGGAACGAUUAAUGAAAGAGGAAGAAGAAGAAGACGUUCAACCAGUAAUUAAAGAAGUAACUAAAGCUCCGGUUAAAACUGAAAUGAAUGGUGAGACACUUAAACCAAAUCUUGCGUCCACCAUAAGGUGUAGUAGAUCAAAUGGCUGUGGCCGAUCAAGGCAGAAUUUGAGUGAGGCUGAAAGAGAAGAACGUAGAAUCCGAAGAAUUUUAGCUAACAGAGAAUCUGCGAGGCAAACAAUUCGGCGAAGACAGGCAAUGUGCGAGGAGUUGAGUAAGAAAGCAGCUGAUCUAACAUACGAGAAUGAGAAUCUGAGGAGGGAAAAGGAUUGGGCCUUGAAAGAGUUCCAGUCUUUGGAGACGAUGAACAAGCAUUUAAAAGAACAGGUAUCAAAGUCAGUAAAACCUGAUACCAAAGAACACGAAGAACCACCCAAGCCAUCACAAGUUGAGAUGUCUACAUCAUCGACUCCGUUUUACUUCUACAACCAGAAUCCAUAUCAGCUUUUCUGCUGGCCUCAUGUUACUCAAUCAUCAAAUCCAAUGAUAUCACCUCUCGAAUUUGCCACCUCGGGAGGAGCUGCUAAAACUAUAACCCCGCAGGAGCAUGAAGAUCCUGCUGAUGAUAAUGGUCAAAAAACUCAUUUUUAUGUCGUUCCCUGCCCUUGGUUUCUCUCUCCUCCUGAUCAGAGCAACGGUGUAUCCUUGGGGGAUCAAGAUACACAAAGAGGUACCUUUUCAAAUGGGCACCAUGUCGAUGAUUCUUCUGCAAGACCGCUAGAGGUCACAAAAACUCUGUGGUCCCAUCUUCCAACUAGAAUCAAAGAAGAGGACUCUGGUUCACCCGAAACCAGACCUUUAUAUGAUCUCAAUGAAUCUGCAACUGAAGUCCUCUCAGAAGGAGGAGAGGGUUUUGCUGUAACGCAACAAGCUUAUAGUUUAAAGCAUGAAGAUAUUUCUGAGGCUACUAAUGGAGUUACGCCGAUGCCACCUGGUCAUCAUGUUUUGAUUUCUCUACCGGGAAAAAACCAAGGAUCUUUGGCUGCAGCGGAAGCAAGAAAGAGACGAAAAGAACUCACAAGGCUCAAGAACCUCCAUGGCCGUCAGUGUCGAAUGCAAGUUGGAUAACUUAUACAUUUUUCUUCUUACCAGUUGACCACAAGGUACCUCAGGAUCCCUUUCUUUUUACCCGGGCAUUUUCGCAUUGUUUCGGCUUUCUUAAUGAAAUACCAAAGUCAAGAGUCAUACUCAUCCAACAAACAAAAGUUGGAUUAUUGUUAUACUCAUCCAAGAUUAGUAUUGGGAAGUUUUUGUUUUGUUUUCACAAGGUAAUAGGAAAUGUUGUACCAUUGUAAGAUUUAGGUUAUAUGGCACAAAGUUAAAGGUGCCUUUUUGUAAGAUCAUCCGGAAUAUGUUUGCUUCUCCCACUUGAAGUUCCGGUUCCGGUUUUGAUGAUCAGUUCUAUAACAUAUUCACAGGGUUUGUUCCCUCUUUUGACCAGAAAUCAUAAAGUUCUUGAAUUGAA